AGCAGGAAGGUGUGACCUGUAAAAACAGAAAAGAUGUUUUCAGGGGAAAGGAUCAUUUUUCCAACAAAACCUGCUCCACCCUUCCUCGACCUCAUACUGCUCAGAAACCCAAGUCCUGUCAGAUGAUGGGAUGUGGCACGGCAGCCCAGGAGCCAUGUUUCAGGCAGCACGGGAGCAGUCUUUAUCUGAGCAGAACAAAAGUCUCAUCUUUUCUCUGAUUGGUCAGAGGUGGCUCACCAGAGAGCAGACAUUCUGAACAUUACAUUAGCCCAGGUGAGGCCGUCAGAGUGGGACGCUGAGAUGAAGAUGGAAAGGCUUGUGCUGGUUGUUCUGCUGCUGGUGCUGGGCUGUGGCCUGGCUCACAGCAGGAUUCUUACCAAAUGUGAGCUGAUCAACUUGAUCAGGAAUCAGGCCCAACAGGAACAAAAGAUCGGGAACAUUACAAUUGCCAAGAUGGUCUGUCACGCUGAGAAGUUGACGGGUUUUGACACCAGUACAUUGGAGGAGAUGACUGUGGGUCAAAAAACCUGGAAGUUGUACGGAAUUUUCCAGUUCAGCAAUCACAUGACAUGUAAGGAGCCGGGCAACCAUCGUCGUACGACCUGUGACAACCUCUGCAGUGAUUUCCUUGAUGACGAUGUUGAAGACGACAUUGCCUGUGCCAUCAAGAUAAUCAAGAGCAUUCUAUUGACUGGGAAAACACCAGAUGACUUAUUGGAACUGAUCAAGGAAGAUAAAUAUUUCCCUCAGGACUGCAAAGACGUGACACCUGAUUACCUGAUCUGUGAAAUCUGAUCCCUAACGAGAUCUGGAAUCCGAUCCUGGAUCUGUCUGCUUCUUGCAGCCAAUCGUUUCGGCUGUGUAAAUCACGAAACGGUCAUGCUGGUAUUUAACUGUUUGUAGCAAAAGUGUUGAAUCAGGUAGAAGCUGGUGAUCAUCUAUCAUCAAUAUGUCUUUUUAUGUUUUGUUUAUUUAGAUCUAAAGCAUUGAAAUUUGUAACAGUUUGGUUUUUUUCCUCUGGGGCAGACUUUGUGAUUACUGAGCAGAAUAAAGCUGAUUAUGCCGCAGUCACCAGCUUCUUUUUCCCUGACUUCUACCUACAUUUGAUCACAUUUAUGUUGAAGGUCCUGGGGUUUAUGAAGGCCGGUGAAUGUCCUGAAACUUCUGGAUGGUGACGUUUGUUGUUAUUGUUUGUCUUGGUGCCUAGGACCCAUGGCCAGGUCGUUAGGUGGCGCUAUCUGCACAACUGCAGCUUGCGGUUGGUCUAAUUUCUGCUUUAAGCAUAGGUGGUUGCCUACUGCUCACCUACUGGUCAUUGCCAUAUGUGACCAGUAGGUGACGACAAAGACCAUAUUACCUGACAGAAGACUGUUUCCUUCACAAUAAAAGCAUCGUUU